AUGGGAUUUAAUGACUCUACAGAAAUGCCAAUUGAAAAUUCAGUUGAGAGAUACAAUCAGAUGCAAACAUACUUGCAGAAUCAUGAUGAACUACUGAUGAGGGAGUAGCUUAAUAAAUCUAAUCUUGAGGUGAGAAGAGAUGUGCUAUUUACAAGACAAAAGUAUCGGCAAAAAACUCCUCUGAGAUUAAUGAGUACCCCCAAAUAGGCAUCGUUACCCUUUAUUUAGAAAGAUAUGGGAAUAUUAGUGGGUUAAAAGAGUUUAAAUCAUAGCUUCAACUACUUUGAUACUCAGAUAAGAGAAGAAGAUGGACAGCUAGAAGGAGAAAAUCCAGUCAUCAAUAUAAAUAUCAAUAAUAACACAGUUGGUAAUGAAAGAGUUAAUAAAUAUGUGAGGAACUAGAUGAAUAGGACAUUCAUUUCGCCUGAGUAGGCUGCAAGUGUAGUCAAAGAUUAUAUUUUGCCAAUGUUUGAGAAUGAUGGCAAGAGACUUUUAAAGAAAAAACAGUUAAGAAAACUUACCCAGCUUAAAUAGAGGGUAAGUUAGCUCAACAUAGAAACUUAAGCUGAAUUAUCUAGCACAAUGAAUAUUGAAGGUGGAAAAUCAGUAGAUAAAACUGAGAGAGAAAAAUCGCAUGACAGGGAUACUUAGAUAAAAUAACUAAAACAUCCUCAACAUUAAUCUACAGUUUACUCAGAAUUAAAACUAUCAUAGUUAUUGUCUGAGCAGAUAAAUCAACUUAAAAAUGAAAUCCUGCAGCUUAAAGAAGUAAUCUAGACUUAGGAAUAUGAGAAGCAAAGGCAUAUUCAGGAGAAGAUCAAAGCUAAAGAGAAGUAUAAAAGAGUUUAGAAUUCACUUUACACUCUUAAUCAUAAGUAAAAGCUGAGUGAGCUGGAGAGAUUAAAGCUCUCACAAGAAAAUGAGCUAAUGACAAGCUAGAUAUGCUAACUGAAAGAGCUGUUCGUAUAUAAUGAGAGAAGUAGGAUGGAAUUCAGCGAAUCUCUGCAAAAAGAAAAGAAUGUCAAUGAAAAACUAGGAAAUUCUCAUAUAGAGGUUAAGUAAAGACUUUCUAUAUUGAAAAUGGAAAAUGACAUAAUGGGCGAGAAACUGCAAAAAUUGUAUGAUGCAAUGACAGAUCUGGGAAAUACCAAAAUGAUAGAGGAUAAACUUAACUCUAAAUUAUUGAUUAAAGAGUCUUAAAUGGAUAAAUUUACAGACAGGAUAGAAUAGCUAGAAUUAGUCCAUGAAAACUAAGAAUAGUUAAUACUUUUAAGAGAAGCUCUUACUCAUAACACGAAGCUGAGAACUUAGAAAGAUCGCUAAUAAUUAGCUUUUAAAGAAAUGCAGUUAAGACUAGAAAAGGAGAGAGACUAGGCUGUAACUGUAAAGAAUACUAAGAUUGAAGAGAUUAUGGAACUUAAUAAACAAUUAUUAACAGCUAAUAGUGAGAAGGAAAAACUUAAGUUGAAACUAAUCAAAUUGAAAAAGAGAAAGCAGAUAGAUUUGAACUAGAAAACAUGCAAGAGUUGUGGUUAAGACUUUAUGGAAAAUGAGAAUUUUAAUUGGUCUUGCAGAACUCAUAGAAGUGAGUACGGAGGAGAAAUGUGGUGGUGUUGUGGCAAAAGAAAUAAGGAUGCAGCAGGAUGUAGAUUCGCCAAGCAUGUUUCAAAGGAUGACGAAGAGGAUGAGAAGGAUGAUGAGGAAAAGAAUUUGGAAUAAAUAGAAAAAACUUAAAAGUGCUUUUGCUGCAAAGAAAUAGGGCACAGGACUGAAAACUGCACUAAAGACCCCAAUAUUAGAUAACAUCACGAUGUUGAAGAUGAGAUGAUAAGAGUGAAUGACAAAUCACAUCUUAAAAAAGUAUAAAUAUUAAUCAAACUCAAAACAUAAUAGUUAAAUGGAGAUACUUUUGAAGUUACAAGUAAACUAAUAGAAAAGCUAAGCAGAUCUAAGCUAGACAAUAUGUUUGGAAAAGAUGUGAUGCUAUUUGAUGACUAUAAUUAUAAGAUGAUUAACGAGAUAGUAUUUAAUGCUCAGGGCUCUACAUUUCAAUCUGAGGAAUCUUAGUCGAUCUCAUCAUAUGUAAAUUUAACAUACUCUUUAUAAGUUUAGAGUUCUUUAAACAUAGGAAGUGCUUAACAUUAACCAAUACUUAAAAAGAAGAAACUUUACAACAAAUUACAAAUAGAAGAUAUCACAGAAAAAUAAAACUAAGACUAGUUUCAUCAUCUAGUUUCAAUAAGAAAUCAGUCAAUAAUAGAAAACUUAAACUAAAAGAAUUUCGUGGAUUUAGAAUAUUACCUGUCUCAGAUGAGUAAGGAUCUAAGAAGUUCAUUCAUAAGAGAUAAAUCAAAGAGGUCAUAAUCUCAUACCACCUCCAUUUAAAAUCAAAAGGCACUAAAUAAUUCCAACUCAAGUUAAAUUCUACUGCUUAGCAAGAGUAGACAGAAUUCAAAGAGACAAUUAGAGCUUAAAGAUAAAGAGAAGGAACCACCCAAAAGAGUUCAUAGGCAUAAUGAGGAUGAAGAUCCUUUUGAAAGAUAUGAAAGAGAAAUGAGAGAAAACAAUGUCAUGGUAGUACCAAAUUUCUAGAUUGUAGAAUAGCCUGAUGGUUCUUUAAAAGUAGCACCUCUUCCUGAGGAUUAUAAGCCUAAGGUUGCUCCAUAAUAACAAAUGCCUAGGCGCUCAGGUUUUAGAUAGUCUGUUAUACAAAAAGAUUUUAAAAAAGAGGAAUCAAUAGAAGCCAAUAGAAAUAAGGAAAUAUCAAUAUAAUCGCUUGAUGAAUCAAUUAAAGUAAAUAAUAAAUAGAAAGAGAAGUAAGAAAGAAAAGAAUCAAAGGAUACUAAUAAUAAUACUCUUAAUAGUAACGGAGGAGGGAGCAGUAUCUAGCACAAAGAAAGAAAGAAUUCAAAGGAUAAAGGUGAACAUAACAAGAAUGAGGAUGGUGAAACUGAUCAGCCUACUAGAAAAGCAUCUUAAAAAAGAAGACCUUCUAAUCUUCAAAUAUCUGUUAGGUAGAAACUAUCUGGGGAUUUACCAAUCUUGAAAUAAACUCCCCCUGCAUAGUAAUAGUAAUAAUAAUUGCCAAUAUCAGGGCCUAGGAAGAGCAAGGAAAGGCUAAAAUAAGAAAAGAGGAUACUUGAUAUGAAGGACAGAAAGAAAAGCAUUUUACUAAAUCAUUAAGUUUAAAAGAUCCCUGAUCCUUAGCAAAAGCAGGCGUAUUUAAUGAAGUAAUUGAUAGAAGAGACAAAUAAACUUAAGAGAAAGAAAAGUAUCAGAGAAUCAAGUGACUUGCCUCACUUGAUUGAUUUAAUGAGCAAAACAGUAGUAAACAGCCCUGAAAGAACUACUAUUGAAAAGGAUGGUCUUGGUACUUUAGAAAUGAAUAAGAGAAAAUCUACUGAGUUUCGAGAUAAGCGGCAGUUUAAACACAAAUUGAGGAGAAGUCACACUCGUGAAAUAAAAAGAGAGGAUUUAUUCCUUGAACAUGAUAAACAUAAAAACCUCUCACCUUAAGCUGAGAAGACUCCAAGAACAGGAUUUAACUUCAUAUAAUCUUGA